AACACGUAGAAACAUGGCAGAUGACAAUUUAGAUGAUUUAAUAGAAUUAAAUUCUGAAAACGACGAUUUAUCUGAAGCUUUUACCAGAGCUGCAGAUCACCUGCAAAAAAUUGCUACUAAAAUAGAUAAUGCAACAUUACUGUCCUUGUAUGCAUAUUACAAACAAGCAACCAAUGGUCCUUGUACUAGUUCAAGACCAGGUCUGUUCGAUUUAAAAGCUAAAUCUAAAUGGGAUGCCUGGAAAAAAUUGGAAAAUAUGGCAAAAGAAGAGGCUAAAACAUUGUACGUUAAGAAAGUUUGUGCAUUAGAUCCGCAAUUUUCAAGUGCUACAGUCCCGACACAAACUAAAAACAAUUGGGUGUGCAUAUCGACAUUACAACAAACAGAAGUAAUAGAUGAAACAGCAAAAACAGUUGUUGAUCACGUUGUUGAGGGAAAUACGGACAAACUCGAAAAUAUUCUGAAAACGAUGAGUAAGGAUUCCAUCAACAAGUUGGAUGAUAGUGGACUGGGUUUAAUCCAUUGGGCGGCCGAUCGUGGUUCUUUAGAUACAUUACGCUUACUGAUAUCAUUAGAGGCAGAUAUUAAUUUGGAAGAUUGUGAAAAACAAACUGCUUUACAUUACGCCUCAAGUUGCGGACAUUAUAAUUGCGUACAUUUUUUGCUAGAAAACGGUGCUGAUAUGAAUAAAAAAGAUAUAAAUGGCUUGGAACCGCUUUCUGUAGCAGCUGAUAAAGAUAUUGAGGAGAUUUUAAAUAAGUUCAACUUUAUUUAAUUUUUUAUCUGGUAAUGUAGUCGUUACGUAGUUUUCUGCCAGCAGGAAUAGAUGAUCAGUUGAAAAAACGGAUAAUUUUUUUAUGCUAAUAACUUCAAAAAAUCUAUUUGAAAUACAUAACUUAAUACAAUUAAA